CCUGGUGCGGCUGCCUUGAGCAAUCCCUCCGGCAAUAAAAAUUCGGCGACCACAAAUCUCGUGUCUACAAGGUUCGGCACCAAUUCUUUUGAUCUGGAUCCAAACACUCCAAUGAAAUUGAGCAGCAGCGGCGGCAAAAAAAAUUGGUGAUGCUUCAGUGUUGAUUUUUUUUGGUGUUUUGGGAUUCAAAUUUGUCGUCGGCGGAGGCAAUUGGAAGCAGAUUCCGUCAACAAUCUUGCGUAGACAGCAGUGAUUGCAGAGCUAGGCACCGACAGAGUAAAUUGGUAACCCAGCAACUAAAUCCAGUGGCUUACACAACGAAAGUGAUGUGGCAAAUAAAAUUGAUCAAACGGCAAAACGAGCGGUGGCGGUUCUAAAGGUUGAAGGCGGAAGUUGAUGCUGGUGAUGAAUUGGGUCUGACAGAGAAGUUCAAAGAGAAGGAUACACAGAGGAGAUCCCAAAAGCAUCCGUCUUUUUAUUUGUAUCAAAGUCCGCAUCUAGAACUGGAACGCCGAGGCUAGCCAGUCACAUUUUCUUCUUGAGAUUUUUCUGCGGAGCUGAAACCGUAAGAAAUCGUUAACGGGAAACAGAGAUUCCGAUGGAACACCCCACGGCGGUUAGGAGAAGCGGCGGCGGCCUUUUCGAAGGCCUCUAUAGAGUCGUCAUGCGCCGCACCUCUGUCUAUGUCACCUUCGUCAUCGCCGGUGCUUUCUUUGGCGAACGGGCGGUGGACUAUGGGAUUAAGAAGCUCUGGGAGAAAAACAAUGUUGGGAAACGUUACGAAGAUAUUCCAGUUUUGGGACAGAGGCCAACGGAAUGAACUGCGCCGGAGUGCACAUUUCAAAUGGCUAGUUUAUUAAUAAAUAUCUUAUUAGUGUGCGCCAUGCAAAAGCCAUGAGACUACUUUUUUUUCUUCUCGUGAAAUAUUUUGUAUUCAUAAUUACUCUUUGAAGUAUUGCUCUGAAAUUACAAUUGGAAUAUAUUCCCGUUUCUGUCUUUUUCUUUUUAAAAAAAUCCAUGCCCGAAGUUAGCAGCACUGCAUGUGAUCUGGAUCAACGAGCUAUGCUCUGCCUGGAUAUUGCUAUAAACCAAUUAUGUUCUUGAGCUAUAAAUAUAUUGGUGCCGUUCAAAUUAGGCUUUGCACCAAUUUACUCAGGUCCCUAGUUUCUUUUGUUAUUAUAUUUGUAACUGAAUUAUUAGAGUCCAUUCAUGGUACGGCUGACUGUAUGAGAAAUAAGGUAUAGUCAGGUAG